AUGGGCCGAACAUUCAAGCACAUCACCUUAAGUGUGACUGGUGAAUUCGGGCUUAUUGCAGACAAAUUCAAGCAAUGGGUUGAAGCCAACGGCGGUAAUUUCUCUAGAGAAGUCAAUAGCGAGGUAACCCAUUUGCUAUCUACUAAAGAAGCCUUUAAGAAGAACAAUAAUGCCGUAAGAGCAGCUAAGCGCAUCAAGGGACUAAAAAUCGUUUCUUCGGACUGGUUGGAGGAUUCACUUUUGUCAAAAUCACGACGUCCCAAGCGUGAAGGCCCGUAUCUAUGGUCUCAACUGACCAAGAAAGCAAAGAAGAAGGCAACUGGAGGGAAGAAACUGGACAAAGGCACAAAUUUCAUCCAGAAGCAUGGCGGUGCAGUAAAAAAGAACUCGGAGCUCGAUGGUCAUCAUAUAUACUCCGAUGCAGCCGGAACUCGCUACAUGGCCACACUCAUCCGACCAAUUGAAGAUUCCAAGGCAAAGGAAAAGCAUGUACUGAAGCUCUACGAGUCAGACAAUACCCCACAUACAUACGCCGUAUUUGCAAAAUACACCCGUCCAGGAAGAGUAGGAUCGGAUUAUACUGUUCCCGUCGGUAGUCCUUUACCCACUGCAAUAAAGGGAUUUGGUAAAUUCUUUCGCGCGAAGGCAGGCAAGCCGUGGGAUAAAAGGGAUGGCCCAUCAAAGCCUAGGAACCCACAUGGUCAAGUUGUGCACCCUUGGGAUGACUGGUUUCAAUAUAACCCAGAGCCUUCGCAAGCUGCUACGGCCACAGUUAAUGCGGCAGAGGACGUUAAGUUAAACUACCAGAGCAUAGAUCAUUGUGUUUGA